AUGGCCGCCAUAAUCGUCAAUCUUCUACCCAAUCCGAUACGGCGAUCAGAGCCAAAUCUUCCGGACGACCUAUUGCUGGAGAUUUUGAACUGCUCUCUUCCCGAGACUCUCAAAAUCGCUUUCUCAUACGGUGCUGCCCAACAGACGACCCCCGCCAUAGUCGGCACCAAUGUCUCGGAAUGGAGAGCCACCCGCGGCCUCCUCGACACCACGCCGCAGAUAGCGGAGCUCACCGGUAUCAACUCCCUCUCCAGAUUCUCGGCCAGCCGAACGACUCUCGACCUAUCCUUCAAGGUCCAUGCCACUCCCACAGCCUCCCAGUGUACUAUCCCCGAGUCUAUCCUGGGGAAGUUCAAUAUUCCUGUUUCUCUGCUCGACCCGGGCAACCAUCGAAUUCUUGUAAUGCUCAAGAUCGAGUUCACCCGCGAGACGUCUGGCGCAUGGCUGCAAACCCACACCAAAUGGAUGCAAAUCUCCGGUGCAGCUACAGCACAUCCCUCACUUGUCUGGACUCAGUACCACUUCGAAGGGAUCAUGGGCGGGGCCAUCAAUCACAUUGUCCCGCUUCCGGCCAAUAUCACUGCCGCAAAGCGAUCCGGCAUCAUGAUGAGUUUUGGGUGA